UGCCAAAUAAAAUCGGGGCGUGGUGUUAGGGUUUAGGGGCGAACAAUGGCAGCGGCGGUGGACAUGGCGGUGCAGAAGAAGCCCCAGUCGGCGGUGUGGACGACCGUGAAGCCGUUUGUGAAUGGGGGCCUGGCCGGCAUGGGUGCCACUUGCGUCAUCCAGCCCAUUGACAUGAUCAAGGUCAGAAUUCAGCUGGGCGACGGCAGUGCGAUGCAGGUUGCCAAGAGCUUGUAUGCCCGGGAGGGGCUGGGUGCGUUUUACAAGGGCCUCUCGGCGGGCUUGCUGCGGCAGGCGACAUACACGACGGCGCGGCUGGGAUCCUUCAGAGUGCUGACGAACAAGGCCACCGCCGCCAACGACGGCAAGCCCCUGCCGCUCUACCAAAAGGCCUUUUGCGGGUUGACGGCGGGCGCCAUUGGUGCGUGCGUGGGGAGCCCCGCAGACUUGGCCCUCAUCCGGAUGCAGGCGGACUCCACCCUGCCGGAAGCGCAGCGGCGCCACUACAAGAACGCGUUCCACGCGCUGACGCGGAUUGGCAAAGACGAGGGCGUGCUGGCGCUGUGGAAGGGAGCCGGACCCACGGUUGUGAGGGCCAUGGCGCUCAACAUGGGAAUGCUGGCAUCUUACGACCAGAGCGUCGAAGUGUUCAAGGCGUUCCACUUCUCCGAGAUUCCCACAGUGAUAGGCGCGAGUGCAGUGUCGGGUUUCUUUGCUUCUGCAUGCAGCCUACCCUUCGACUACGUUAAGACGCAAAUACAAAAGAUGCAGCCGGGGCCUGAUGGCAAGUACCCCUUCUCGGGCUCUUUGGAUUGCGCCGUCCAGACGUUCAAAAAGCACGGGCCUCUCAAGUUUUACACGGGCUUUGGAACGUAUUGCGUGAGGAUCGCGCCCCAUGUCAUGAUGACAUGGAUAUUCCUCAACCAGAUACAAAAGUUAGAGACUCGCGUGGGCCUGUGAUUCUUUUCUUUCGUUUUUUGGUGCAAGUUCGCAAUUCCUGACAACGAAUGCAAGGCAACACCGCGGGUGCAGAGGGGGUUUACCAUAAGUCUGUAGUUGUUCCCAGGACGAAUUUUAUCUUGAUUUUAGAAGAGAAUAAGACUUCGAUUAAUAUGACAUGACAUGGCAGC